UUGAGAAUGCGGCGCGAGCGCGUCAGAGUGGCCCGCCUCGCGAAUCCCUCCUAUCAUAUAGAUGCGCAGGAUUGAGCGUGUGUGUCAAAUGGAACAAUGUAACGGAUCGGAGUUCACAGCCUCAAUCGAGGAGAUUACUGAUUAAUCUAGGUCCAGGUCCAUAACCCUAGAUAAGGGCAUGCGAACCGGCAGAUCAGCCUCAGGCUUCGGGCGUGCAUGAAUUAGAAAAGAAUGACAGAAGAAUGACAGCAGGUCAGCAGUGAAGAUUUCUGUCUUUAUUUCAAGGUGAACGGGCAAGUCGACCUUAUCAGACUCGGGAACAUCUGUGAGUUGUAAUAGUAUCCUGGCUCCAGCACCUUUAAAUACAUUUCAAAAACCAAUUUGCCACGUGGUGUAAAGUGAGAAGCCUCCAGCCCUCCAACUGCCCAGAGCUGGUUGGAAAGUUUUUGCUAAGUGCCUUUAACAGACUCAAGCAGUGGACGUUCGUUCAAGACCUUCAAACCGAUUUUUCAGUGACAUUUUGGGGUCAGCUUCGAGCCUUUUGUGAAGAAUAUCUCACUUGGAUUUUUUUUACGCACAGACUAACAUGUGGCUUUCUGUCAUUGUCACGUCUUAAAGGAAAGUCGCUUUGAAUGGAGAACAUAAUUUGCAUGCUACCCAAGUUCAGGCAGGAUCUUACACAAGCCUGGAGAAGGGGAACACACCUGCCUCUCUUCCUUGACCUGUAGUGUUCCGCACCAUUUCAUUCAUUGGCACCAACCACCUUUAAUGGGAUAAAUUAUCUCUCAGGAUCAGGUGAACCGCUGAUCUAAACUAAACUAAAGCCUUGAAGCAUCUUCAUUUCAUUUUAAUUUACACUUUACAUCCUAAGGCCUCCGCAUGGUACUCUGGUCGAAAGAUCAAGACAAACUGUCCGACAUGUCCACCGGGACAGAGAGGAUAGAGAUGAAGAAGGAGGGGGCGCCACCGGCAUACCACCACUCCAACGGGUCGGUCCAUCCGGUUAUACUUCCUGACACCCCAGAGGAGGUGCCCCCGAACACCGGGGAGUACGAACUCACUGAGGUGACCUCCCUACCGGACCAUGGUGAUCAGGAGAAUGAGGUGCCAGACAUGGUGGUCCUUGACUGUCGGGCCAACGCAAAGGGCCAGAGAGAAGAGGACGCACUCCUGGAGAACGCCAGCCAAAGUAAUGAGAGUGAUGACAUUAGUACGGACCAAAGCCCGGUGCCACCGGUUCCACUGAAGGAAACAUCCUUCACUAUUGGACUCCAAGUUCUGUUCCCUUUCCUGCUGGCAGGGUUUGGGACAGUUGCAGCUGGCAUGGUUCUGGACAUUGUUCAGCACUGGACAGUGUUUACAGAGGUGACUGAACUCUUUAUCCUGGUUCCUGCUCUUCUGGGCCUGAAAGGGAACUUGGAGAUGACGCUUGCAUCCAGACUGUCCACCGCAGCUAAUAUUGGACAUAUGGAUACAGCCAAGGAUAUGGGGAAAAUGAUCAUGGGAAACCUCGCGCUAAUUCAGGUUCAGGCCACUGUGGUCGGCUUCCUGGCUUCCAUCGCCGCAGUCAUUUUUGGCUGGAUUCCAGAGGGCAAUUUUAAGAUGGGUCACGCCAUCCUGCUGUGCGCUAGCAGCGUGGCCACAGCGUUCAUCGCUUCUUUGCUGCUAGGUCUUAUCAUGAUUGGGGUUAUCAUUGCAUCCAGGAAGGUUGGCAUCAACCCAGACAACGUGGCUACCCCCAUCGCUGCCAGCCUGGGUGACCUGAUCACCCUGGCCCUGUUGGCUGGCAUUAGUACGGGCCUGUAUAAAGAACUUGAAUUCAACGAUUAUGCCAGCCCAAUGGUGUUUGCCUUCUUCGUUGCCCUGACGCCCAUCUGGGUACUAAUUGCCCGGCGGAUACCUUCCACCAGGGAAGUGCUCUAUUCGGGUUGGGAGCCUGUCAUUAUUGCCAUGGCAAUCAGCAGUGUUGGAGGCCUCAUUCUGGAUAAGACGGUAUCCAACCCCAACUUUGCUGGAAUGGCAGUAUUCACUCCCGUAAUCAAUGGUGUGGGUGGGAAUUUGGUGGCGGUACAAGCCAGUCGAAUCUCCACCUACCUGCACAUGAAUGCACUGCCCAUAGCAGAGCCAAACCCAGCUCCACAAAAAUGUCCCACACCCUGGAGCACGUUCUUCGGGUCAGGUGUCAACUCACGCUCUGCGAGAGUGCUAUUCCUAUUGGUCGCUCCUGGUCACAUGGUCUUCCUGUACACCAUUAAUUCUAUGCAGGGGCAGGGUGGGCACACCACUCUCACCUAUGUCUUCAUUGCAUUUUACCUGGCCGCAGCUCUGCUUCAGGUAAUCAUUCUGCUGUACCUGGCAGACUGGAUGGUUAACUGGAUGUGGCGUCGAGGGAUGGACCCAGACAACUUCUCCAUCCCUUACUUGACGGCCCUGGGAGACCUGCUGGGGACGGGCUUCCUGGCUCUGUGUUUCCACGUCCUGUGGUUAAUUGGAGAUCGAGAUGGAGAUGUGGGUGACUGAUCCACACUGCUUCCCUUUGACUCUGUCCAAGAAACACGAAAGUCUUUAUUUAUAAAGAUACAGAGAAAUAAUAUCUAUAUUACUAUGGCCACAGUGGGCUACCAUGAUUCUAUUGAUGACAUAAGAGAUUACUGCUUUAGUAUUGAGAUGUAAUUACAUUGUUGUUUAGUUACUGGGAGAACAAGAAUCCUCAUUAUUUUUCAAUGGGGAUGUUCGCCCCGUUUUACGGCCAGUCGCAUUGGCUGCAUGUAAAGACGAGAUCAACCUAAACUUGAAAUUUUUCAAGAAAAAAAAAAGAAGAAAAAAAAGCUUAAUCACCAAGUGCUAUAAAAUGGUUUAGUGAUAUAAAAUGAAAAUGUGAAGAAUGUGUUUUUAGGGCAGAACUUAAAACCUUUGUUAAAAGUGAUGUGUGUAAUUUUUCCAACAAUAAAAUAAUUAACAUAAAUAAAAUGACAGCCAAAAUUAAGCCAUUUGUAGGUUAAUUUCCCUCUAAAUGGCUCUAAAGCGCUUUCAAAACAUUGCUCUCUUUGUUUGAGCAUCCUGACCAGGAGUGCAUUUCCCAAAAGCAUUGUUAGUCAACUAUGGUCGUAAGUUCCAUCGUUACCAACAUAAUUCAACGAUUUGGUGUUACCCGAAACCGUAGUUCCAACAAACAUUCACAAACAGCAUCGCAAAGUUGUGUGGUUGGAACUACUGCUCUUAACUUGUGGAGAAUCAUAGCUCCUGUUAGUUCCCUUACAAAAUAUAACUGCAAUUUUUUAACUGUAGUACAAGUGUGGUAAAUUGGAUGCAGUAUUACUGCAGUACUGAAAACUGCAGGAAUACUGCAUCCAAAUGUUCACAUUUGUGCUGCAGUAUUGGAAACUGCAGGAAUACUGCGUCCAAAUUACCAUACUUGUACUGCAGUACUGGAAACUGCAGGAAUACUGCGUCCAAAUUACCACACUUUUACUGCAGUACAGAAAACUGCAGGAAUACUGUGUCCAAAUUACCACACUUUUACUGCAGUACUGGAAACUGCAGGAAUACUGCAUCCAAAUUACCACACUUUUAGUGCAGUACAGAAAGCUGCAGGAAUAAUGUGUCCAAAUUACCACACUUUUAUUGCAGUACAGAAAACUGCAGAAAUACUGCAUCCAAAUUACCACACUUCUACUGCAUUACUGGAAACUGCAAGAAUAUUGCGUCCAAAUUACCACACUUUUACUGCAGUACGGAAAACUGCAGGAAUACUGCAUCCAAAUUACUACACUUCUACUGCAGUACUGGAAACUGCAGGAAUAUUGUGUCCAAAUUACCACACUUUUACUGCAGUACAGAAAACUGCAGAAAUACUGCGUCCAAAUUACCACACAUUUACUGCAGUACAGAAAACUGCAGAAAUACUGCAUCCAAAUUACCACACUUGUACUACAGUUAAAAAACUGCAGUUCAUUUUUGUAAGGGUUUGCCGUGUAGACAUCACUUGACUUCACUGGGGCUUCUAUAUCUUUCAUUCAAUAUAUAUCUUUCAUUCUGUCAACACUUUGACCACGUUUUCAUGCAUUUUUAAAAAAAGACUUAUUCAGGGUUUUGCAGAAAGCAGCAUCCUGAAACAUUAUAUAACAUUGAUUGCAGUCGUUUAAGGGAUUAAAGGACGUUUAGAGAAAGUGCUUUAACCAUUGAUUUAUAACAUAGAACUGUAUUGCUGAUGACGUCAUAACAGCAGCCACUGUGCCGCAAUAUUGCUUUGCUCAAACAUUCCAUUGUGCCUAUUGACUUAAUAGAAAAUCAUCUCAUUUCAGUGAGAUGAUUUUCAUUUGUGUUGUACAUCCCUACAACACAAAAGUCCCACAUAUGUAAUUAUUUAUUUAUUUAAAGUCAGGAAUUUUUCCUGUUACUUGAAAGCCCGAGCGAGUUAUGUACAGGUAUAUCAAACAGUCUACCUCUAACAAACUUCAGUGGCAAACAGGUCAGCAUAAUGUAAUUAAGUUCACUGAAACAGAGGUAAGAUACACAGACAUUUUUAUUGCGAACAUUCAAGUGUUUAUUCAGAGUUACUUGUUUUAUGUUUUCAUCAAAAAGUGCUUUUUUCUCAAGGUCACUUGAAUAAGAGCACACAUUCUCUCACAGUAUCACACACGCAGCGGGCGCUGAGAUUGAGGGAGACAAGCAAAGCUGGUUGAAAUUAAACUGAGGGGCCGUUUACACGACAAUGUUUUCAACUAAAAACAGAAAACUUUUUAUGCAUUUUGGCUGUUCGUUUACACGACAACGGCAUUUUGGGGCCUGAAAAUGCAAACUUUUGAAAACGGGUUUCAAAGUGCAAGUUUUUGAAAACGAUGCCGUUAUCGUCUCCGUGUAAGCAAACAAAAACGCGAAUUUGUGAAAACGAUGACUGCAUGCGCACGCAUAUUACGUGUUCAGUCUAUAGGUAUGCACGUGAGUACUUCAAAACAACAUGCGAGGCAUUCAAAACUACAAUGGCGGACUACAGGACUGUGUUUGUGCUGCUCAAGACUUGUAGUAAUAAAGCAACAUCAUCGUCUGUCCAGACAAAAUUGCUCGAUGCUUUUGCCAUCUUCAUUGUUUUUAUUAACCGCUCUGUGGAAGAAUGCUUAUGUGUGCAGGCGCGUAGUGUUUCUUUACAAAGUAACAUCGCCAACUACUGGCCUGGCAUGCAUAAUACAGCGUAUUUAGUCGUUUUCGCGGAUCCGUGUGAACGGGGAUCGUUUUGACAAUGUUGUCGUCUGUACGCAAAACUUUUCAAAAACUCAAAGGAAAAACUUUUCCGUUUUUAGUACAUCGUUGUCAUGUAAACGUACCCUGAUAUGCUAGGUUUAAAUGGCAAAUGAACACAUAAUGUAGGCUAUGACAUGUAUCCAUGUAUAAAUCCAGAGAGUGCUUCAAUAUGAAAACAGGCAAAUCCCGGGCAUUUUAAGCGAAUUAAAAAUCCCAGUUUGACAUUUUUAAGGACCCCCAGAGGGGAAGGACAUGUUGUCACCCCAAAACAAGCAAAUAUCACAGCUUUUCCUACUUACAUUACAAGUUGUGGACAGAUUUGCUGCUUCUUUUGGUGAUUGUUGUGCUGUAAUGAUAGGCUGAAAACCGGGGCAGGUGAAUGCUCUGACAUCGCAAUCUGCAUAUAUCUUCACCCUCGUAACGAAUAUUAUCCAUAACAAGCCAAUUAAACAUGAUUGUCACUAGAGGGCUAAAUACGACUGUCAUACCUGGAGGUUUGUGCUCAAGUGUGUCGGGGGAAGUCUGAUGUAGAGCAAAGCACAAUGCAUCUGUCUCAUUGCAUGGUGCACGCUGAUUUCGUGUCUUCAUCAGAUUUCUCGCAUUAAACAUCUUUCUGUUGUACGUGUAAAUUAGCUUUUAUAAUGUUAUUUUCCCGGAAGUUAUUACUCCACCCCCUGUGUAAUGCCAUUAACGAUAGCUCUAUAUUGUUGAACCAACGUGGUUCGAAUGAUGGAUGGUCAACAUAGUUACUACAGUUUCAGGAAACAGUCGUGACAAGCUAGUUAAUUUCUCCAACGAUGCAUCCUACUAUGGUGGUUAAGCAGUGAGUUACAUCAUUGUUCGGGAAACGCACCCCUGCCCGACACAUCAACAUUGGCUCAGCCAAUGGGGUUAGAUUGGGGGCGGGAUUAUUUAUUUGGCCAACCACUGGAAAACAAGGAGAAUGUUCCAGGAAAUCUGUUCGAAAAUGGUCAUUAUUUUUCCAAUUCCAUUUGAUGGCGCAGAAAUUACACACUUCACCAUUUACUAAAGAAACAAAAAACAUUUCUGGACCAGUAACCUGAAUAUCCUUAGAUAACCUUUCUUGCAAGAUAUUUGUUUCUCUUUAUGAGUACAGUAGAAAUCCUCCAGCCCUGGCAUCUAAAAUUGCUUCUUGUAGUUAGAGACAGAAAUAAUAACCAAAACCUCUAUAAAUGCUUCAUUGGUUUUUAUAAAUCCCUCAAGUUGCGCAAUGCAUUGAGAAAAAUUAUUGUGCUGUUUGCACUCACCUCCUAAAGGAUAAAAUAACAGACUUUGCAUCAAUUGUGUAGGUACAUUUCUGUCAUGUACACACAAGUUUUUCUGAAGCCUUCCAUGUCAGCAAGGUUGUUGUAAGCUUCUCGGGCUGUUAUUUUGAAGUCUGCAUUCAUUAAAUCUCCAAAAUCUCUUUCGUGGACUCAAAAUACUGGGACAGUUAAAAGGAUAGUUUAUGAACUAAAAAGUUACUGAGAAAGUCUUCUUGCCAUUAUGCCCUUAAGCAAAACUUCGAAGGUUAUUCCAGGGAGAACGUCCCUACGAUUGGUAAACUCUUAGAACGUUUUCACACCGCUCUCAUAAGCAGUGUUGUUGCAUGUAAUACUUGCAUCAAGCCUGACAGACGUCUGUUUUCAAUGGGUGAGUAAUUUAUUCCAUACUUCUUUAUGUUGCUUUAUUAAAGCCUAUAUUGCAAAUAAUCUGUAAAUAAAUAGGUUUAGAGUGCAUUUCUGUACCAAUAUAAAUAUGCACCCCUUGCGUGCUAGUUUAUGUAUGCGGUGUGAAACAGGCCUGAGUUACUUUGAACAAAAAGCACUGGCUCUAGAAACAUGAAACACUUCUUUAAAAGCAUUUUUUAAAAUCAAGAAUGAAGAAUUUACUUAGAAUUAUGCAAAAAUACUUGUUAGCAAAAGGGCUAUUUUGACUUUAUACCACUGUACCAUUGCAUGCUACAUGCUAGUUGCAGAAAUGCUGUUUUAAACUCUCAGAAUGUGAUUUUGAAACCAAGCUGGAAUAAAAUCCCUAAAUGUUUUCCUUUCAUACCAGAAGAGGGCAGAAUUGAUUGCGUUUGAAUAUUUUAUGACAUUAAUGCCCCUCUGAAACACUUGGAAUGGCUAACAGGAUGGCUAACAGCUAAUCUGUACGUUGUUAGUAUACGUGGCCAUUAAAAAUCUCUUAAUAGUAGAUGCAAGUACGCUAAUAUGGUUCUUUUAAAAACUUGGCAGGCCUUUCAAAAGCAAAUGACCUCCAGUUAUGUUCAAUGUGUUUGUUAAUUGUCAUGUUAGCCUCCCAUUGUUAAAGAGCUGUAUAGAAACAAUUCUCCUGUUGAUGGUAAUCACCAGUUAGCGCACAUCACAUAUCAUUAGACUCUGGUUGAUAUUGUAUACGGGGCCAGCUAAAUGGAUUGCACUUGGCGCAUAGCAUAGAAAAUGCAUAAAUUGUUUGUAUUAAAUAUCCCUUUAUUUUUACUGUAAAUGACAAAUCAUUGUUUGUUCCUUUCAAAAACUGUCUGAAAAUGUCUGGGUUUUUUUUCUUUGCAAGUUUUUUAGGGCGAGUUAUAGUGUGAUAUCAUCCAUUCUGACAGGCAUGUUUAAUUUCAUUAUACAGACGAAACUGUGCCCAAGAUGUACUAUAAUGUCAUAAAUUGCCACAAGAGGUCUCACUUGUGCAAAGUCCUGUGUGUUGUGUGCAUAGACAUACAUACCUAAUUAUGCAUUCAAACAUCCUGAAUAUUACUGUGCAACUGAACUGGUGCUGCCAUUGUAUCAUGACAGCUCUCUAUAGUUGUGAAUAUUUCUUCAGGGGAUGGGAGGCUUUGUUUUAUUUAUUUCUAUUGAUGUGACAAAGCUAUUUGUACAUAAUAUAUUUAUUCUAUAAAUAAGUUGUUUAUUUUUAAUUUUGUUCAGUGUCUCGGUUGGGGGUUUUUUUUGUUUUUUUUUUUUGCAUUGGACCAGUAGAGAUGUUUACUGUAUGUUUAUCAGUAAUUAUUUUUCUUUGGUAAACUUUAACAAAUAUAUCAAAGUUUGGUGCCUAAUUUCCAGCACAACCUCACACUCAAACCUGGUUCAGUGAAUUUAAGCUUAAUAUGCCUUAACCAAUCACAAGUAAGGCUUGAUGCAUAGAUUAUAUAAAAAUUCUGAUUAGUGGUUUCUUCUUUUGAGCUUUUUUAAUUAAUUGAGGUGAUUUUCAUAUUUUUUUCAUUUGAUUUAAUUAUACCGUCUGUUGUAUUCUCACAGGGCAAAUGUAUCGGUGGUAAAGUUAUUCAAAGCAACACCACUGAAAACCCCAGAUUAUAAAUACAGAUUAUAAAUAUUUUAUACAGGAUUAUAAAAAUAGGAUUGUUUGCUUGUGGGUUGUCUAAUUUGUCAGAUAUUCCCGCAUAAUGCAUAUUUAGACCAGAUUAAAAUGGAUGUAAUUUGAAUGUCCUACAAGAACAUUUAACCUUCCUUGAGUUAAAUUGAGCCCCUUUAUGACCACCACUAGAAGAAGUGGAAAAAAAUAUCCAAAGAAAGUUACAGACUGUCCUGCUAGAAAUGGUAGCUGCCUGAUUAUCUGAUGUGUUCCACUGCCUGUACAUCAUUUUUACAAUGUUUUACAACCAUACCCCACCAAUUUUGCCACAGCUUAACCAGAGGUACUUGUAAAUUGCUGGAAAUAAAAGAUUAUAU